CAUCACACAUGUCACUUCGUUGCAAUAGAACCCGGUACAAGCUUCUUAUGUUGGGAUGGUGCAUCGAAACAAUAACACAUUCAGCUCUAUUCACUUGUGCUCUAUUGUAAAACAGAUAACAAAAUUCAACCUGAUUUACCAAGCGAAUUUUUCUCCCAACUUACAAUUGAAUUGACAAUACAAUAUUUUCAAAAAGUUAUUUACAAAAUUUGUGGCAAUUUAAGUUGUGUUACUUUAUGGAAUAAUUCAAAUUUUUAGAAUGAACGAAAAGUUAGAAAUUGCGUUAGACUAUCUCAAAAUUUUCUUAGCUUGGUGUAAACUGCAUCCUAAGUUUUUAUCAACCCUUUUUCUAUUGUUUCUAACAUUCAUAACGUUAACGAUAGCUCUGUCAACAGACAUACCUGAAAAUAUUUUCAACGCAAAUUCCGGGAAAAAUAACGGCGGAAAUGAAAUAUUCAACGACUUUCAGUUUAGCGCUUCGCAGAUGGAAUGGGUGCUUAAUAACUGUGGUUUUUAUUCUUGCAUUGACGGUUUGUGUUAUUGUUAUGUGAGCUCAGAGAAAACAUGGACAGAUGCAAACACAAAUUGUCAAAGUUCAGGUCUACCAAAUGCGCAAAUGAUGAAACCCCUGAAGGUAGAAAAGGAGGGGGUGUUUGCAACUUACAGAGGCCUGGUCGCAUUUAUGAGAUCGAUGAACAUGUAUUUACGGCCGAUUUGGACAGGGCUGUGGCGUGAACAUGAGAAUGAAGACUUUAUGAGUGAGAAGGGUGUACCGUACAAGUGGUUCCAUACCUACAAAAGAGGAGAUGGCAACUCAUACGGCAGUCAGGAAAGCUGCGUGUUCAAGAUAAACUCCAAGGGGUGGGCUAGGCUGCCAUGUGCAGAUCACAGUUCUACUGUGAACUUGCCGCCAGAAUUCGCCGAUAUUAUUCUUGCCAAAGAAGAUAAUCAGAAAUAUUUGCGCUGGGCCACCCCUCAGGCUGAAAUCUACGUCAAUGUGGCAAUUUUGUGCGAACUAGACACUACAAGUAUGGACAAUAACAGUAUGGCUUUGGUUAACGAUAAUCUGGGCUCAACCUUCAUCGAAACAGACGAUGAAUUGAAGUAUUAUUUCUUCAAGGAAGACUUCAAAUUCUGGAGACAAAAUCGCAAGAAUGGAAACUCAUACGGCAGUCAGGAAAGCUGCGUGUUCAAGAUAAACUCCAAGGGGUGGGCUAGGUUGCCAUGUGCAGAUCACAGUUCUACUGUGAACUUGCCGCCAGAAUUCGCCGAUAUUAUUCUUGCCAAAGAAGAUAAUCAGAAAUAUUUGCGCUGGGCCACCCCUCAGGCUGAAAUAUACGUCAAUGUGGCAAUUUUGUGCGAACUAGACACUACAAGUAUGGACAAUAACAGUAUGGCUUUGGUUAACGAUAAUCUGGGCUCAACUUUCAUCGAAACAGACGAUGAAUUGAAGUAUUAUUUCUUCAAGGAAGACUUCAAAUUCUGGAGACAAAAUCGCAAGAAUGGAUGCAGUACUGGAUUUAACCUGAACAACGCAAUAACCAGUCGGGCAGUGAUCAAAACUAAAGAGGAGGAACAAUUUGUUCUGGAUGGAACGGAUAAAAUGGGCCGCAUUUUCCUCGAAAUAGGACUGGGAAACAUGGAAGAUAGCUAUGGACAGCUGAAGUGGGACAACAAUGGCAAUGGUAUGGCCCCCGAGGACAUGAGGUGGUUCUACAAUGAGAGCAUGCGAAGUGCAUUUAACUGUCUCGCUACGCAGUCAUUUUCACAUUCCGACUUGCAAAUCGAUUGGGCUGCUGUGAGCUGCAGAGAGGCGAGUCCAAGUAUCUGUACAUUCACCCCUCCCAAGCUGAAGAAGCAGGAAGUGGCUGCUUCUUUUGAGGGGACUUACGGGACUUAUUUGAACCACUACAGAUCCUUCUUCUGCAUUGGCGACAAUGGCAAGGAAAGAUGUUUCGCUGCAUUAAGUCCUAAUUUUGAGACAUCGAUAGAUUUUUUACGAGGCAAUGACUUGAAAGUUGCUGUACUUAAUGAAAAAGAGAAAGAUAUUGUGAAGAACAAAAUCAAGCCAAGGGCCGGUGUUUUUGUUGGUGCAAGCGCCAUGCGUCUCGGAAAUACAUUUGAGUGGCUUUAUGGCGGAGGUUUAGUAAAGCUCAACCCAUCAGAGAAAGAAGCGAUUCACGCUCACAUGGCCGACGAGACGGUUGACCGAAAAAUGUGUUUGGUGCUUCUAUCCGACGGAACUUAUUCUUCAACUUCCUGUGGAGCUCGGUUUGAAACUUUAAUUGAGCUGGACAAACAUAGCUUUGAUUUUCUCAAAUUGAGCUUCUGGUAACCAAAAUUGUACGAAUCAGUUGCAAGGGCGGAUCUACGAUUUUCUCGAGG